GCGGGGUGCGAGCGCCCAAGGGGUGCUACAGACCGGGGGAGCCCCGCUGUGGGGGCUUUUCCCUCGUCUGGUGGCUGUGAUUGUGGCCAUCGGGCUCCGCUGGGGUCUGAGAGCAGAAAAAAGGAAAAAUAAGAAAGAAAAAGGUUGCCCAGGCGUUGUUAAAAAGGAAUCUGUAAUUACAGGAGUAAAGGCUGAGUGAAUGUUCCUUCAAAUAAAUCCCAAACAAUGCUCAGAGGAUCUAAAACUCCCCUGAAAGUUAAAGAAAAUGAGCGUGGUUCUCCUGAACAGAAGGAAGAGGCCUCUUUCCCUCCAUCAAGAGACCAGAAGAGCUGCAAAGUGACCAAACCCAAAGGCAUCAGACCAUCCAAUAAGGAGAAUUUCACUGAUGGGAACCAGACACAGCCACCAAAACGUGUCCUGAAAUGCCCCGAGGAGAAUUUGUGUCAGCCCCAGGGGGCUGAUGUGAGCUGGCAGCUCCCUGGGAAGUGUUUUGGGGCGCUCAGGGGGGAUGUGCUCAUUGAACUCCCCUUACCUUUGCACACCAAAGGGGAUUUUUCCAGCAGCCAAACUGUUCCCUUGGGAAAUGACUUCUCCACUCCUGAGAGAGACAAAGUGGAAGCAAAACCUGAUUUUAGACUAUCCGAAGAGGGGAACAAACCUGUUGAUUUUGCCGCUGUGGUAACUGCUGAGUUUGGGAUCGCUCGGGAAAAUGUUGGCAAACGGCCCACGGGGACUUCCCCAACUUCCCUAAAAUUUAGGAGAAGGUCAACGGUUGGAUUGAGGGGAUCACCAGAAAACAAUACCCUGAUCCGGUACCUGGCCCAGCAGAGGAGCAGCAGGCAGAAAGAAGCUUUCACCCAGAUCAGUCCUUUUAAACCUGCAAAUGUGAGGUCGCUGAAGGACAGGAUGGAAGCUUUCCAAGCCUGUUUUGAAUCCCUGCAAGAAGCUGAGGGGGAGGCUGGGAUCUCACACCUGGGGGAGCCUUUCCAGGAAGGAGGUUCAUCUCUGAAUAAAGCACCUGUUAACAAAGAGCCAAACCUGGAGCAGUGGAGAGAAGAGUUCAUGUUGGGCAACAGAGGAGCUGCUUUGCAAGAAAAUUUAAAAGGAAAUGGGACCAAGAGCAUCAGGAGUGAGCUCAGGAUCUGCAGCAUCUUGUCCCCAUGCCGAGCUGUGACUGCUGCUGGCCCUGCUGCUGCAAAGGAAUGGGUUUAUGAGCAGCAAAAUCCCAUUAAGUCCUUGGAGACUGUUGUAACUGGAGAUACUCUGGAAACAGGCCAUGUUCCCAAGUGUGCCCACAGUGGUGCUGUCUCAGAUCUCAGCACCAGGAAGGCUGAGCUUGUGGGAGGUGUGAGCCUGGCAGUACUGGAGGGAAGCCAAACCCCUGGAACACCACUGGGAGAAGGGAAAAUUCCCAGCAGUGACCUCUCCCAGAGCAGCUCCCUGCUGAGAUCCAUCCUGAAGAAAACCCUGGGUAGGGAGCUCAUGGACAGCACCAAGGAAUACUCAAACGGUGCCAGUGACAGAGAAGGAGGUGAAUCUGCUGGAGUCUCCAAUUGUGUAAAAGCCUUUGAAACAUUGCAAGCAGAGAGAACUGACAGCCAGAGCUCCAAAACACCAAAGAAGAAAAAAGUGACUUUUGGGGAAGUUCUGAGCCCUGAAAUCUUUGACCAAAGCCUUCCUGCCAACACCCCCUUACGCAGAGGAGCCUCCCCAGGCUGUCCCCAAGGGCAGAGCCUCCGGGCAAGGCCGGGCCUCUCUGAGGAGCCUCUGCCCCUCCUGGAUUUUGGUUGGGAUGAUGAAGGUGUUGAGCCUCUCCCAGAAUUCCUGGAAGGUUCUGUUGCUGCAGGAGCCCCUUCACCUGUCCAAAAUGCAGAAGUAGCAGAGACUGACAAACCUGACAUGAUAACUUGGUCUACUAAAAGGAAGCAGUGCAGGGCCGUGGCAGAGGACACUGACUGCAGCAGCUUGGGAGCCACAAACACUGGGAAUGACAAAGACACUAAAAACCUAGGAAUGAGCAAGAUUCUGAGACAGGAGAAUCCAACCAAAGCUGCUCCCAAGAAGACCAAGAAAACAAAAUACCCAAGCUUUGGGAGAAGGAGAAAGAAAAAAGUCAAGAAAUCUUUGUAUGGGGAAAGAGAAAUGGCUUCCAAGAAACCCCUUCUCAGCCCUAUCCCUGAAAUUCCAGAGGUUUUCUCUUCCCUCUCAUCUCCAAACUCACCAAAGGCAGCCACACUUUCUACAGAGGCUGCAGCUUUGGGCAAUCCCAAAGCCAGGGGUGCCUGCAGGGACACUCCCCAGCAGCCCCAGGAUGGGAGGAGGAGUGGGAAGCUCCGUGCUGUGUGCCCCGGGCUCCUGGAGCAGGCAGCGGCCUCCAGCUCUGGGCCUGGAGACUCUGAGGUGCCAGGGAGCCUGGAGGCUGCUCCUGGCCCUGCUCCCGAGUUUUCAAACACUGUGCCAGAUGGAGAAGGUGAUUUUGAUACAUCUGAGUAUUUCCAGCAAGAUAAAGAGACUCCAUGUGAAAAAGAAGCAAAAGAAAGCAGUUCCAUGAUAGAAAAGGAGAAAUUACAAGGAAAUCUCUUAACUGGGCUGGAAAUUCUGGAACGACAGGAUGUACAGGAGGCUGCCCAGAGAACCAAGUGUCCUCAAAAGGAUUCUGUCAGAGGUGAUUCAGCAAGGAGAAGAAGAAGCAGCCGUGCCUUCUUCUUCCCUCCUGCUGAAAACUUGGAAAUAACUGGGGCUGAUCUUCCAGUUUCCUCUUACAAUGUGGAAGAAUUUUUCUCAGUGCCCCAUGCAAAGGAGGGAUCCCUGCAGGCCUGCAGGAGGAGCAGUGCCAGUGCUGAGGUCAGGGUGAGGCGCAGCAUGAGGCUGAGCAAGGAUGCAGUGAGUGAGGGACUUGCAUGGAUUCAGAUUCCCAGCGAGAUUCCCAAGCCUUCCCUCCCAGCUGCUCCCAAAGCCAGGAGAUUCAGCACAUCCAUCCUGGCAGGAUCUGAGAAUAUUCACCCCAGGGAACAAAACCUCCUCCCCUUGCCAGCCCCAGGGAAGGAGAAUGAGGGCUCUGCCCCUAUUGCUGCUGGUCCUGGCAGGAGGUGGAGGAGGAGAAGCCUUUUUGAAGCCACAGCUCGAGAAAUGCCCUGGGCUCCCACCCAGAGAAGGAGAAGCACAAAUUCUGGGUGUGGGAAGGACAGGAGUCACCGAAAACACUCGGAAGCAGCAGAAACUCUUGAGCUAAGAUUGAAAGAUGUUUCAGGCAUAUCUGAUUUUCUGAAGUGAAGGUGCUUCUUAGAGCAUUGUGUUGUCUCUCAAGUGCAGUUUUCUUCUCUCUUCCACACUUGUAUUUCCACACUUACUUUCUUAUUCAUUUUCUGGAUAACUUAGGACUCAUUUUCCUUGCCUUGAUGCCUAAAUUGCUUGAAGAUCUGAGCUGUGUGGCAGACUGGCUCAGAGCAUUGGUCUGGUACAGUUAUGGCAGGUAAUGAAGAGAAUAAAAAUGUCUUCUCCCAUAAA